AUGUCGUCUACUAAUCCCGACAAUAUUAAUUCACAACCCACCAGCGACGGCGGGAGCGUUGCGGUCGGAAUCGUGCUUGGUAUUCUGGCGGGCGUAUUUGUCGUCCUUGUGUUGCUCUCCAGACUUCUGUGCAAGAAUCGCGGCGGUGGCAGUCCGGAGGACCUGGAAGCUGGCAAACGCAAGAGACUGGCUUCCAUCGUGAAGCUUGAUGGUGUCGCACCGAGUCGCGCAUAUGGAAACGACCAAGAAAAGGCCGAGCCUGAGCCUGAGCCUGAGCCCAAGUCACCGACGACCUGUACCUUUGACAACGUUAUAGUCUGGUAG